CUCUAUAUGUUGGUCUCCUUGCGUAAAUGUCUUCAGAUGGAAAAAGUGCAUCGACAAUGAUUAAAGAUACCUUGUUUUUAGUUAUUUUUUGUUUUAUAAUAUGGAAGGAAUCUUACGCUCUGACGAAUGAAUCGCCAACGGACUUAGCUGUUUUGGAGGCCCCUGGGUGCGAAGGAAAAUCCCCUGAAAAUAUAGAUGUGGAUUUAAACAUUGGAUCCAAGAAUAAGAAGAUUCAACUUCACCUGAAGAGGAAUGAUAAAAUUAAUGCAGAUGCUAUAGUGUUUGUUCCCAGAGUAGACUCAAAAACCGGAAAGUCCGUACUUGAGAGGGAAUCCAUUCCAUUUAAUGCGGACGAAGCUUACUAUCAUGAUGAAAAUUAUGGAGGGUCUUUUCUCUUGAAAUGUCACGACCUGCAAUCCGAAGGCCUACAGGAAAUGGCAUUGGAAGGAUCUCUAUAUGUAAACGGAGAAGAGUUUGAUAUGCAACCAAUGGACCAAGGAGCGAGGCGAAAGAGACAGAUAAAGAUAAAGGUGGACAAGAAUGGCCAAAAGAAAACAUCCGUUAUGUAUGGAUUGUAUAAAAAGAAAAAACCUAAUGCAUCUAGGAACUGGGAAAUGAACAAGAAAAAUAAUAACUUUAAAAAGGCGUGGGAAAAAGUAAGAAAACUCCGAGGGAAAAAACGAACAUCAUCCCGAAAAAAAUUGAAUCCUUUUAGAAAACCGUCGAGGAGCGGUUCCAGCCGACAAAGAUUUUCAAAAGGAACAUGGGCAAGAACCUCAAACAAGGGAGUUCCUGUAUUUACCCCAGCACCCGCUAAAACAACAACAGAAGCCCCGGUAGCUGAAGAAGAACCCGUACAACCCCUGACGGCUUUCAAAACCCUCAGUAGUAGAAGCAGGAGAAGGCUGGUAGUGGACACUUCCAAAGCUAAGGUUCUGGGGGAAAAUCUGGUGAAUGAUUUCAAGCCUGCCUUUGCUACAACUGCUAAGAGAACAGUUGUGACUGCGGUCACAUCCGAGUAUAAUGUGGGGAUCCUUGUAGGGCUGGAUUAUGCUACGUAUGAAAGGUUUUACAAGAAAUCAACAGGGGCAACCGACAAGCAACGUGACGUAAAUACAAAGAGAGCGAUGAGAACAUACUUCUCUCAAGUAAUGAACGGAGUUGCUCUUCGCUACAAAACUAUAAAAGCUGAUUUCUCGUUGAACAUAGUCAUCUCGGGCUUUCUCAUUGUUGAUGCUCCGGAUUACCCGUGUUUCACGUGUGGAAAAAUAAGGAAUGUGUUUGAUGACACAGAACGACAGCUAACAAAUAUAGAAUCAGCCCUCAGAAACAUCACGGAGUUUAGACAGAAAACUCAACUACCAGAACACGACCACCUAAUGCUUUUUACAGACUUGGAUCUUUACUACAGCCCCAGCAAGAACAACUAUCAAACAGAUGUAACAGGUUUUGCCUACGUCAGUGCCUUAUGUACUCAAGCCAGUACAUCCGUUAUUGAAGAUUUUGGAAACUUUGAAAGUGUAUUUACAUCUGCACACGAAUUAGGCCACAGUCUGGGUGCACAACAUGAUGGUAUAGGUAACACUUGCUCCGAGAUGGACCAGUACCUUUUGACAGCAGUAUCUGGGCAAACAUCAGAAACUACCAAACAUAACCCUUGGAAAUUUUCUUCCUGCUCCAUAGAUUACUUCCGAGAGUAUAUUGCAAACAUAAGCAAAGAAGACUCUAAAGUUGGCAAUUGUCUGGCCGACGAAGCGCUGAUAUACGACACCCAGGAAUAUAAUCAGAAUAUCGGCACGCAUCCUGGUCAGUUAACUAACCCAAAUGACCAAUGUAAAGCUAUCCUAGGUCCUAGUUCAUAUUACGGAUGGGGAGAUGUUCUAAAAUCUUUUGCGGAUAUUUGUACAUCCAUGGCGUGUAACACAGGGGAGAGUAAAGACAUGUUCAUAUUUGCAACUGCAUACAGGGGAACUUCUUGUGGGCACAAAAAGUGGUGCCUAGAAGGUCGUUGUAAAAGUGAUGUGGAAGCUCCAAGCAAAAAUUCUGAAUGUGUGCAUGGAGAUUCCUUACGGACGUUUUCUUUCCUUGACAAGACGUGUGCGCAGGUUGUGUCCGAAACGCCGUCUCGAUGUUAUGAAGCUUUAUAUAAAACAAAAUGCUGCGAAUCCUGCGCGAGAGCUGCCAACAAAACAGACCCAGACUGUCCGUAUGGCGAUAGGGGAGACUCCUGUUCCAAGAUCUUGUCAAGUCCUUUCCUGUGUUACGUGGAGGAUCGAGACUGCUGUGCAACGUGUGCUAAUAUGAAUAUAGGACCAGAAGGUUGUGAAUAUGGCGACAAAAUAGAGACAUGCUCUGUUGAGGAGUGUGGUAAAGAUGAAACGUAUCGAGAUCAGUGUUGCGAAACAUGUGCUGAUUAUGUUCCCAUAACCACAACGACAACACAGGUACCAACAACAACUACACAACCAACAACUACAACACAACCAUCAACAACAACACAACCAACAACCCAACCACCAACAACCACAAAACCAUCAACCACAACACAACCAACAGCCACAACACAGCCACCAACAACCACAACACAACAAACAACAACCACAACACAACAAACAACAACCACAACACAACCAACAACAACCACAAAACCAUCAACCACAACUCAACCACCAACAACGACAACAACAUCUCCCUCAACUACAAAAUCACCAAAAAUUGAACCGAUAACUACACAGGCGACAACAACUAAAUCUGUAAUUACAUCAUCCAAGCCACCACCCCAGACAACAAAAGCAGCACCAACAACAACAGCGACUGCCAUUACUUCAACUGUAUCACCAUUUCAAUCUAUGUGCGUUAACCCUACGGCCAAAUUUGGAUUCAAAACUUGUGCAGAAAUUGGGGCGAAACUAUACAUCCCGUGUCACAAUGAUAUGUUCCGAAGAUUGUGCUGUAAAGACUGUGGAGCAUGCUCCGAUCAGCAAACGUGUGGACAAGUGGAAGCCGGAUCUUGUUACUAUAACAAUGUCAAAACAUCGUGCUGCGAAUCUUGUAAAAGAUUUGCCGAAAAGGAUCCAAACUGUGUAGGUGAUGCCACUCCAUUCUGUGCAGUACUUGUUCAACAAGAUGGAGAGUACGUUUGUUCCAAAUACAGGCCAAUUUGUUGUAAAUCCUGUGAAAAUUACCGAAUUAAUAGUUUGUUUUCCCGUACUGCCAAGGGGAACUCGAAGAUUUUAAAGGCAAGAGCCCAAAUAGACUCAGUUUUAGGAAAAGCGGCUGACCCUAAUAGUUUUAUAGAUUUAAGUAAGGACAAUCUUAAGAAUAUACCAGAAUCCAGACAGCUGGAGAAAGCUGGUAUUUCGAGUAAAAGCAGAACUACUAAAAAUCGAAGAAAGCUACGAAGGUUCAGAAAUUUAAAAAAUAGACCCAAACUUAAGCGCCCAACCAAACCAAAGCGCCCAACCAAACCUAAGCGCCCAACCAUACCUAAGCGCCUAACCAUACCUAAGCGCCCAUCCAGACCAGGUCGAAUACCAUCUCGACGCUCAAAAUCGAAACCACGAACUCCCUCCCGACGUCAACCAAAACGGUCCCGAGGACCAAAUCCAUGGAGGAGAAAACCAUCCAGGCCGUGGCGUCGGACUGGGUGAAGCAUGCGCUAAUGAAUAUUUUUAUUUGUUAUGUAUUAUAAACCGUUCAAUGUAUAUAAAGGACUUGUGCAAUAAAAUAUUCUCCAGAUUUG